GGGAUUUUGGGGUUAGGUUCAGUAGUGAGAAGAGCAAAGUAAUGAUAGUGAAUAGGUCAGAGGAUGAGAGAGAAACAACUUGGAGACUGGAAGGGGAUGAGUUGGAACAGACGGAAGAAUACAAGUAUCUAGGGGUGUGGAUGGAGGUAAAUGGAUGCGGCAGGGCCAAGAAUGUAAAGAUAAGUAUGGCAAACCAGUGGGUAGGCCGUUUAGGGAGUGCAGCGAGGAUGAGAGCGAGCAAGUAUGAUGUCAUCCGUGAGGUUUGGAAGAGUGUGGCUGUCCCGAGCAUUAUGUAUGGAAUGGAUGUGAUGACAUGGAAUGACAGUGAGAUAGAAAAUUGGAAGUGGGGCAGAAUAGGGUAGCAAGAAUGGCACUGAAUGCACCAAGGUUUGCAGCAGUAGAGGCUCUUAGGGGGGACAUGGGAUGGAGCACGUUUAGGGAAAGACUAGUAAAGGCAACCUUGAGAUAUAAAGUGAGACUGGAACAAAUGGAGGAUGCAAGAUUAGCAAGGAAAGUAUACUUGUGGAGUAUAAGAGAUGGCAAAUGGGCGAAUAAAUGUGGAAUGAUAGACAGGAAUGUUAUGCUAAGUAGGUGGGUGUACCGACCCUUUGAAGAUAGACAGAAUGUGUUUGAAUGGAGAAUAACAAACAGAAAUGGAGAGGGGUUUGAGUGGGAUGUAAGAAAGUGGAAGAAUGUGAUAGAUAUGGCAGUUAAAGAUGAGGGAUUGAGCAAGUGGAAGAAUGAGAUGGAAAGAAAGGAAACUCUCGACUGGUAUAGGGAGAAAGAGGCCCCAAAGUGUGAGGUGUGGUAUGAGGGAAGCCUGGGAGGUGAUCUUUUCCGUGCUAGAGCGCAGUGUCUGGAUGUGAAUGCAAGGAACUAUAGAUGGUCUGAGUCCCGCAGCAAAGUAUGCCAGAUGUGUGACAGGGGUGUGGACGAGACUGUGCAGCAUGUAGUGCUGGAAUGCAAGAAGUAUGACAGGGAGAGAACGAAGAUGAUGCAUGUGUUUUUGAGCGAGAUGGGACGUGAUGUAAACGGGAGGACUGGAAGGGAGUGGAUGGUGCUGCUGCUGGGGCUCAGUGGAGAGACGAGUGGACGAGUGAUUGAGGCAGUGAAAGAGUUCUUGGAGGGCAUGUGGCGUGAAAGAUGUAGGGAAUGAUAUCUUGCCCCGAGAACAUUGACUUCCCGCAUGUUUUGUUUUCUUUUCACAGGAGCUGCCGAUACAAAGGCCUGGCUGGGGAGAAAUCCCGAGCCACCUGUGACAUCAAGAUCAAGAUCAAGAUCAACGUAAACAAAUAGUGGGUUUGAACGUGUAAGCGCCUGGAACUUCUUUUGUGGUCCACUGCUCCAUUAGCUAAGGUGAUAUGACAAUGAAGAACAACUCAAAGCCAAAUCGUUUGCGUCUGAGCCCCAAUGAACUUCAAACACUCGUGAAAGAAGAGAGAGACAAAUGGAGAAUCUUUCGCAUUCAACAGGUACGAGAGCAGGCCAGAGAAGAGGCACAGCGUGUGAGGGAGGCCGUGCGCACCAAGGAGGAGAAGAUGAUUGAACUACUGAGCAGGGAGGUGACGCAGCAGUGGGAGGCAGAGAAGGAGAACAAGGUCUCCCAGCUGGAGAGGCAAUACCAGGACUGCAUGAGGAACGUUGGCCAGGCCCACAGACAAGCCACACAACAGCCUGAUCCACACAAGGUUCUGCAGCAACAAGCCCAGCACGACCGACGGCUGGCAGUGCUUCGUGGGCAGGAGGCAGGCAAGCAGCAGCAGGAGGAGGUGAAGCAGCAGCAGCAUGAGCGGAACACCCUCCUGAAGCAGCGACAGGAGGCCCUUCGUCUGGAGAGGCUGCGUGCCCGUCAUGUAGCAAACCUGCCUUUGCCAGAGGUGUUUAGGAAGAAGACGGUAAUUGAAGAGAAACCACAGCAAAGAGUGGCACUACAUGAGGCAGGGACCUUCACCACCACACACUAUGUACCUAAGAACAUCAAGAUUGAGAAGGAAGUCUGGUCCUCAAAGCCUAAUGCAAAGGAGGUGGCAGCAGCUGAGGAGGCUAAGAGAGAGAGGCUGGAGAAAGAGAAGAGGAAGCAGGCUGAGGAGGACCAGCUAAGGAGGGAGCAAAGGGGGAAGGAUGCACUGAGGAAGGAACAGCUCACUCGCCUCCUUCAGCACCUCAUGGAAGGACUGGAUGAAGCUCAGCGCCAACAACACCUUUCACAGUUCAUGAAUGGAAAAGAGGGAUCAGUCAUGGAAACCAAGGAGAGUUUCCUGAAGGAGCAGAAUCGCCAGCAGAGGGAGGUGGAGGAAGCCGUGGAAAAACUCUUGCAAGAGAAGAUGGAGGAGGAAAAGGAGGAAGAGGAAGAGAUCCCUAGUACAGAUUCUAAUCAGCUGUCCUCAGAAUAUUUAGAAGAGGUAGAAUCCUCUGUGGGCGGUGGGCAGGAGGCAACCACCGGCACAAAAGUCCGGGGUCUGAAAUCACUUCUUGAGGAGGUGGAGAGGCGGCGAAGACGCAUCCUACAGGAAAUGGAAGACUCAGUCCCUGUGAGGGGACCAACUGAUCCUCCCACGGGUGAUGACGAAGGUGAUGGCAGUGGCCCGGCAGACACAGCCAGGAGUAUCCACUUGGCAGACACUGUUCCUGUGCAUCUCCACCCUGGACACCCACACACUAGGGGCCCUCCUAAUGCUUCUGCUGCUGGUCAACCUCCACUAUUAUCACCAUUGUCUGAGGGCAGCACCACUGAGCUCCCAGACUCCUCAAGUACUGUGCUGCCACUUAGUGAGGAGUCCAUACCACUCAGCACUGACCUUACUCAGCCCUUCACAACCCCCUCCCCCUCACACAGAUACAGCACACCAGCACAGCCCAGAGACACAUACAUCAAACAUCCAAACCUUGCCAAGCCUCACACAACCCCAUCUGAUGCAAGUUCAUCCAGUUCAGGAGACAUCAAGAUAAAUGUUGAUUUGGAUGUUGGCAGCAGCAGUCUCAUUGGGUCUGACAGCACCCUUGAUCAGAACCAGCAGUCAGAGUCCCCCAUAAGUAGCACGGAAUAUUACAGUCCACCGUCAGAGCUUCCAAGGAGGCCGCUAUCACUUCAGGAGAUCGAAGACAACCUAAAAAGAAUCCAGGAGAACAGACAACACAACUGGAACCUUCUUAACCACCUGUCAUGGAGGAGAGGGUUGCCAGGCAGCCUCACCCCCAUCACAACAUACAUGGAAAAGCUGAAGGAGGAGGGAACUGGGAAGAAACCCAUCAAAAAGAAGGAGAAAUUUGAACAUCAGAAGAGAGAGCUGAUUCAGUAUUACAUCCAGAGGUUACUCCAGAGAGGGGAGCACGAAGGAGAGCUUUCUGCCUCCACUGUGGAAGGUUCUGGCCUCUCUAUCUCCUCUUUGGGCUCUCUCCUCAGCUACCUGGAGGGAGAGAGAGAAAAAGACCAGCCCACAGACUUACCCUCCAGUUCAGCAUCUGCCACCUUGUCAUCCACGACCUCAAGAUCACUUUCAGAUUAUAAAGAUAUUGACGAGUUUCCUGUGAGGAUGAGGUCGAGGGAGCAUGUGCAUCCCCCAUCUCACAUCACUCACGUCACCACCACCCCCUACACUACUACAUCUUCUGUUACUCCUACUACCACUCUUCUAUCUUGCUCCUCCUCUACCUUGUCUUCCUCAUUCUCACCUGAGUUCCAGCAUUAUCUCUCCUCCACAUAUCCUUCCCGUCAUAUCUCGAAGCCACAUAUACAUCCACAUGACUCUGUCUCCACCGCAAGACAGAAACUGAGUGGCCAUGAUUUUGUAUCCCCCACAAAUGGAUCCUCCACCAGUGGGAGCCCUGAGCAGAUGAGCACAGAGGGUGAAGGGUCACAGAGGCACAGCUCUCCUUGCAGCUACCUCACUCCCAUUAGUGAGGAUGAACCUGCUGUGAGGGAAUACGAGGCUGCCAGUGAACUUGACACCACCACCACAAGACGGGACGCAAGGAUGAAAAAGUAUCGGACUCAGACAUCAAGACUGAGACAAUACCAUCCAGCAGACAUCACAACCUCUAGUAGUGGCUCACCCAAGGAGAUAACCAGUAAACUACCAAAGAUUUCCAGGGAGUACAGAAUGAGGGAUUUGAGCCUCACUGACACCACUGAAACCAUUCCACCUGUGGCCACCCACACCUAUGAAGACACUGAAAAAGAGACAACCAGUAAUUUGAUAACGAGUUCAGUAAUCAAGAUGAGUGAUUUUAGACAUCCUGAAACCUCUAAAAGCAAGUUAUCAGAGCUUCCAGGGACUGAUUUGAGUACUUUUCAGUCUUUUGAGGGAGAUGAGUCACCUUACCUCCCAGCCACCACCUCUGUCCCUUCCGUAACGACCCCCACCACUGUCAGCACCCCUGCCACCCCUCCCUUUAGUCAGCCCGUUAGCCAUAGCCACAGCUCAGAGGAGUCCAGUGCCUCCAUGCCUGAUAUGAGUGAGGUCCUGCGAAGGUUUGGCUUGGAGAGAGCAACAGUUAAGUCCUCUUCAACCACUACGAACAGCGAGGAAGAGAAUAGUAGAUGUGAUUGGCAAAAAGGGAUGGAAUGAAGGGAGAAUAUGACCAAUAAAGAACUGGAUGAUGGUGUACAUAACGAGAUUUAUAUUAUACCAAGGAUGUCCUGCUUUUUAGAGACAGUCUGAAGGUGGCACUGUAUUGUGAGGAAGGGAAGGAGAUGUGACUGGCAAAAAGGGGUAAAUGGGAAUGAAAUGAAGGGAAAGUAUGACUGCUGUUGAGCUGUAUGAUGAAUGAAGGUUAAUAUACAUAAUGAGUUCUUUGUUAUGCCAAGGAGGUCCUAGUUUCUUUUUAUUAUACAGUCUGAAGGUGGGAUUCUAUUGAAGAUUUUUAAAGAAUGUAUAUACAUAUACUGCUAUUCCUCUUAUUGGUGCUAUUCCUGAGUGCAUGAUGGAUGUGUCUUACAAUGUAUUGAUACCAGAAUAGUGUCUCAUUGCUGUACCUACUCAUUUACUGAUGAUGUCCCUGACUGAUUGUGAUACUUUUACAUAUAUUUUCUGCUGAUAACUGUUGAAGGAAAAUUUCUCCACGCUACAACAGAGGAUUUUGGAUGACGUUCUGUUGGAACAUCUGCCACAACCCAUAAUAAAGGAGAUCAUCAAGAAUACUUUAGUCCCUCGAUCUUAAAACUGAAAUAUGUAUUGCUUUGUUUAAAAAAGGAAAGAUGGGUAUUUGUGCACUCGAAGGAAAAGAAGUCACAUCUAAUAUACGUUUUACUCAUUUAGAUAAUUACAUACAUGUGAUUUACCUAUAAAUAAAUAUGAUGGAGGAAACAUUCAGCGAGUUUGAUAAUAAAACAUGCAUUAAUUUAUGGGAGUUCCCCCUCAUGUGGAAGGCCGUGUUCUUAGAUGUAACACGUUCACCCUUCCAACUUCAUUUCCAAGGGACUAUUUAUACUAUUGUUAAUCUGAAGAGAUGUCAAGGAAACAACUGAAAAGGGAUUGCCUUUGUAACGGCUCCCACUUAUGGUCCUUAUUUUUUAUUGAUGUUGUUGAGUCUUUUAGUUUUGAUGAAUUUUCUUUUUCUUCUGAUCCAGAUUUUUGUGAUAUAAUUUUUUCUGUCUUCAUUUUCUUCCAGUGAUAGUGGUUGAAACACUAAUAUAUUGGCUAUUAAGUAGUCUCUGCUUUGGCUUUCUGUAUUCUGUAUAAAAUUUUGAUUUUGUCUUAUUUCUUCAUAUUCUUCACAAUCCAGCAGAAAAUGUUCUAAAGUUUCUAUUUCUGCACUACAACACGGACACUUUUCACUUUUCCUCUGAAACCUGUUCCUCCAAUUUAAAGUUAGGGUAUUAGUUCUUCCUCUUAUUAUUAAUUUUGUUCCCAGUGUGAUGUCUGCCCAAGUUUCUUCUUUUAGGUCCUCAUUUUUCCAUUUUGUUGAGUCCCAUUUCCUUACUUUUUCUAUUAUAUUAUUCUUUGUCAGGCUAUCAAGUUGUGUUAUAUUUAUAUUUAGUUCAUUCAUAUAUUUCUUUAAUGUUUUAGUCCACUUUGUUUUAGUGUUUUCUAUUUCUCUAAGGAAUACAUUUGUGGCCAAGUUAUGUCUGUCUUCUUUCAACAAGUGUUUAGCAAAUAGUAAUUUAAUUUUCAUGUCUCUGGCAUAGCAAGAUGAGGCACCAAUAUCCCCUCUUAGGGCACUGUUGGCGGCAUAGGUUGGGACUUGUAAUAUUGCCCUGUAGACAGAGUUUUCUAUUCUUUGUAAUUUAGUAAUCUCUUCUUCAGUGAAUUCCAUAAUUUCAGCUGAUGAGAGUACUGCUGACAGUGCCUUUCCCUUCCAGUAAACUUUGCCAAUUAGUAAUCUGUUACAGCAUCUUGCUAUCACACUAUGUAAUGGUAGCUAACUCAUUAGCUUUGGUUAGUCUUUGUUUUGUGAAGUCCUUGAAGCAGUUUUUGUUGUUAGUUGUUUAGACUCCUAGGUAUGUUAUACUUUGUGUUACUAGAAUGUUUUCAAUACUAAUUUCUUGUUCUUUUUGUUAUAUAUAAAUAUAUUGCUUUUUUCUUUAUUUAUUAUUAAUCCAUAUCUUUCUGCUAUUUGCUGUAUAUUUUUAAUACUUUCUGCUGCUUCUUCUAUUGAGUGUGAUAAGAGUAAGCUGUCAUCUGCUUAAUAUAAAAUGGGUAUUUCGAAGUGUUUAUUUUUAAAGCCUGUGUCCAUCAUUUCUAAUUCUGUAAUUAUUUCAUUGGUUAAAAUUGUAAACAGGAACAUAGAGGCAUUGCAUCCUUGCCUUACACCAUUUGUUAUAUUUAUUGUUGUCUGUUUAGUUCUAUUUAGAAAUAUAUUAGUGAGGUCAUCUGUAUAUAUGUUUGCUACAAGAUUAAUAAUUUUCGGGUGGACUUUGUAAUUCAUCAGCACUGUGAUAAGUGUUUUUCCGUAUUGAAUCAAAGGCCUUUUUUAAAAUCAAGUGAGGUCACAAUCAAUUCUUUUUUCAUUUUGUAACUUUCAUUAAUGCAGUAUUAGAUAAUUUUUAGUAUGUAUGCACCUCCAUGAUCUAGUGGUCAACGUGCCUGGCUUCUACUCUGCAGGCCUGGGUUUGAAUCCUGGCCCGGGCAGUCAGCAUGCAGCUCACCCAGCUGUUCAUCCUCCCUCUCGGGCUGGUCGAUAAAUGGGUACCUUGUGAAACCUGUGGUAACCCAGAUGUCACACUGGCCCUGUGUCCCGGGGUAAUGUGCUCCCUCCCACCACAGGCUCAAGGGCCAAUGUUACGGAGCUGACCACCGAGGCCACGGGCUGCUACAGCGUAUGCCCCCAAUUUUACCUUUACCUAGUAUGUAUAAAUUGUCUAAUUCUUCUGUCUUCUGUGAAGCCUGGUUGCAGGUCGCUAAUGUUGUCUGUGUCUUUCAUGUGUUUUUCCAACUUUUGUCUGAGGAUUCCCAUAAAAAUUUUGUAUGAAAUGCUUGUCAAGGCCAUGGGCCUUAGGUCAGCUGUUGUGGGUUUGGGCUUUUUCUGGAUUACUAUAGUGUUAGAUGUUUUCCAAUCAUCACUUAUCUCUCCUUCUUCUAUUAUAUUAUUGAAACAGUUUGUAAGUUGUGUCACAUAUAGGUCACUGCUUUCUAGAAUUUUGUAAAGGUCUGUUUUUAGGCCGUCUGGUCCAGGAGCUUUUUUUGCUUUAGUUUUAUAUAGCUGUCGUUUGACUUCUUCUUUUGAUAUAUAAAUGUCUGUCUCCUUCAUAGGCGGUGUGUCUAUUUCUUUGCACUGUACGACCAUGUCUAAAGGUUUCUUUAACUUUAUAUCCACUUCCCACUCUGUCCACUUGUCUCCAUUUUUACUUUAAUGUAAUCAUUUAUUCUGUUUUGUAGCACUACCAGAUCAUCUUCAUACUGUUGUUGCUGUUGCCUUUCAUUAUUCCAUACCUCUUUAAUCUUGUUUUCUCUAGAUCUGUACAUAGUUUUCCAGAAGUCUUCUAAUUGUUUUGGUUUUCUUCCAUCAGGAUCAUAUAACAAUAUAUCUUUUUUUUCAAUAAUUUCUCCUUUUAGUUUCUUUAUGAUAUCCCAUAUCAUGGUAGUUUUGUUUUGUCCAUUCCUGAUCUCAUUUGUAAUUUUCUUUUUACUUACUGAUAUUGCAUUCCGCACCAUAUGUUUAACUUUAUUUUUUUGCGUUUGGUAUGUGUUGUAUCUUUCUUUCUCUUCAGUGUUUUGUGUUUUUCUUGCUUGUUUAUUAUAAGUUCUCCUUUUACUUAUUUCACUUUCUAUUUCGUGUUAUCCAGACUGGUUCUAUGUCUUUUGUGUUUUGUUUUAUUCUUCUUUUCUGUCCAAAAAUUUACUGGAUGCUUCUUUCACGAGGUUUUCCAAUUCUUGCAGAGAGACUGUUUGUUUUAAUACAUUCUCAAUGUGCAUUUUGCAACUUCAUUGCUUCUGUUGUUAAUUUUUUUAUGUAAUAAUUUUCUUUUCAUUGCUAUAUCCAUUUUCUUUAUUCUGAGGCCAUAUAUCAAAAUAUGCUCUUAUUAAAUUGUGGUCUGAUAGGUCAUAUUUUUCUUUCUUUUCAUCUGUUAUCAUAUUGAUGAAUUUGCUGUACAUGCUUUGGUUCACUAUUAUGAGGUCUAUUGCACUUUAAAAAACCUCUGCUUUCCCAUGUAAUUUCUCCUUCUCAUUUUUGGUUAUUAUUUAAUAGCAUACGGUUUUUAUCUACUAUCCAAUGUCCAUUGAAAUCUCUGAGGAGGAUCAUGGGUUCGUCUUUAUUUGAGUUUAUUAUGCUGUCAGUUUCUUUCUUUAUGAUGCUAUUUCUGUUCGUAUCAUUAGUUGCCAGGUAUACAAAAAUUAUUUGUAUUGUACAAUGGUUCAUCUGCAGUCUGGCAUGUAGAACAUCUUUUGUUCUGUCAUCACUAUCUCUGUAUGAAUGUAGGCUAUGUAUUUAAUGUUGCUUGUGAUGUUAACUUUGAGAUAGUUUUGUUGUGUUUCUGUUAUACACAUGAUUAUGUUAGUUAGUAGUAGGCCCUAUAUAAGUUCUUCUAAUUCCAGUUGUUUUGGUUGAGUCAGGCCUUGGAUGUUUAUCAAAUUUAUUUCUAAUUCUCUUUUACUUAUCUUUGUAUUAUUUUUAUUGUGUUUAACUUGUCAAUAGUGUUGGUUCUCUAUAUUUACAACCCUAGGUACUACUCUUUAUCAUCCAUCGGCCUCCUUCUUCUCUUCUGCCCUGUAAUUCCUCUCUGUUUCCUAUUCUCUUCUCUUUCCUUUCUUGUCAUGUCCGGGGCUAUACCAACUUUCCUAUUCUCUUGGUUGGGGUCUUCUCCCAGUAUCUUUGCAUUCUUGAUUAUUCCCCAUUUUGCUCUGCCUUCUUUCAGCUUUACUAUAGUUGGUCUAGGUUUAUUUUGGUCUGGUCUCCCCACUCUAUUAAUAUCCUCUACUUCAUAUAGUCCUCAUGUGCCUAGACUGCCUUUUAUUACUGUGCUAAGUUUGAUCUUAUCCUCAUCUCUCCUUUCUGCAGCUGUUUGCUUUAUUGAUUCUGUUAGGUUGAAUACCGCUAUGUUGUUUUUCUUCUUUUCCCUCUCCUUUCUUCAAUUAUUUCCAGCACUUUCUCAGCGGCAUGUUCUGCUAUGCUGAUUUAACUUUCUUUGCUGGUAAGUGCUUUCAAGACCUUUUUUGCUGUAUUCUCCACCAUCUCCUCCCCCUUCCCCUCCCAAAGUUCCUCAAACUUUAGCAUCAGGUUUUCGUUCAGUGUUUUUAGUUCUUCAAUUUCUCUUUUUAGUGCAGAAUUUUCAGCCUUUAACUUUUGUGUCACAUCAUUCUUUCUGACACGGCGUUGUCAGAUUAUCGUACUCAGCACAUUGUAUUUUCCUCAUUCUCACCCGUAACUCUCGCAAACAACAUCAGUAAUUAACGGUUUUAAUAGUAACUUUAAAUGAAUGUCGUUGUUUGUGUGGGUACGAUGGGAAGCAAAUAAAUGCAGUGUUCUGAGUACGACAAUCUGGUACCGCUGCCUCUGAAAACGUUCCUUCCUUGCAACACGAUAGGAGGAAAAUAACUCGUAAUAACUUUUACACAUUGUAUUAUGGAUUUUUUCAAAGUAUUAUAGAGAGUAUUAUGGGUUUACGAAAAUAUUAAUGGUCUUGAAAGAUCUAUAUAUUAUUAUGACCCUAUUAAAGUAGUGUAUAGAAGUAC